AUGACUGUAAUUCACUUCUCCGACUCGUUGCUUAAUCCUGUUAAAAGUAGGAAUCGGUUGAAGUUUCUUAUGGUGAUGUCAGCACUUGUCAACUUGACACUUCAAAAUAAGCUGCUUCCAGAAUCCUGUGCUGGAAGGCAAAUUGCUUUUGUUGAGGCUGAGAACGAGAAACUCGACUUCUUUGCAUGA